AUGUGGGCGUCGGUGGCGGCGGACAACGGGUGCGAAACACAAUUCAGGGCCAACCGAUCGGUGGAGUGUUUGCGGGCCAUAAACGGCCAGAAUUUGAUUGAAUCCACGUUUGAUAAGCGCUACAAAACUGAUGUCAAUGUCGUUAAGCCGUACGUCAUAUAUGGUGACCAGUUUUUACCCAAAAGUCCAACAGAAAUGAUACCUGACGAGGGUUCCCACGUAUUGAGCGCUAUAGUAAACGCCCAGAAAUAUUCGCCGACAAACGGACACAAUCUGACCAAAUCCGAGGCCCGACUCGAAUUGGCCAACAUUUUUGGCCGCUUUUUCCCCGCACUGGGCGUCGACGCCGACGACGUCUAUCGGCUAUACGUUCAACAGUACGCCGACAACGACUAUCCGGCUAUACGUCAAGCGGUUGGCCGAGCGCUGGGCGACUACUUGACCGCCUGUCCCACCAUAUUGUUCGCCAGGGGUGUGGCCGCCGGCGGAGACACUAAUGUAACGCAAGUGUAUCAAUACUUAUGGUCAGUGAAGUACGACAGCAACACAUGGCACGGGUCGGACCCGGGACUGGAUGUGGGCUUUAUGUUUGGCGACCCCUUCCGGGCCAGUCAUGCGACGGAUGGCGUUACUGAUGGUCAGGUGUUAAAUGAGCGCCGGGUGUCACUGAGCUUCAUGGAAACUGUGGCCCAUUUUGCCAGAUAUGGUAAUCCGGGUCCUCAAGAGGGGGUGGAGUGGCAGAGCUAUUACACGACUAAACGCAUGGAUAUAAUUAAUCCGUACUUUGAGUUUACAAAGAGGAUAGGCAACUGA